AAGCGAGAGCAGUAUUGGAGGAGGAUCAUUCCGUUCAUUUGGAAUGAAGUAUCAAAGUUUUUUGGAUAGAUUGAAUGGAAAGAAGACACUCCGUUGGUCGGUGUUAGGUUUCCUCUUCUUCUUAUUCUUGUUUAGAGUUAUAUAUUUCCAUGGAUGGUACAUAAUUUGUUAUGGAUUGGGAAUUUAUGUAAUCAAUUUGUUUAUUGCCUUCAUUUCACCAAAGUUUAGACCUGAAGAAGACGACGAUGAAGAUGAAGAAGACGAGGAAGCAAAUCUUGGAAGUGCAACCCUUCCAAGUACCUCUGUUGGACGUAAUUUUGCCUCUGGUGGAUUGUUUGGACAACCAAAACAAGAUGCUGAUGAUGUAAAGCCUUUUGUUCGUCGUCUUCCAGAGUUUAAAUUCUGGUACUCAUUAACAAAGGGUGUUGUAAUUUCUCUCUUGUUAUCAUCUACAAGAAUUUUGGACAUUCCAGUUUACUGGCCUAUUUUGUUGGGAUAUUGGAUCAUUUUGUUGGCUGUUACUUUGAGAAAACAAAUCAGACACAUGAUUAAACAUAGAUAUCUUCCAUUUACUACAGGAAAGAAGAGUUAUUCAGGAUCACUUUUUGGAGGAGCAACAACUGCCAAACCAACACCAUCAUCAUCACCAUCUACUGGUAUCGGAGGUGGUUUACGUGCAAGUGGAAUGGGUUCUUAUCAAUCUGCUUUUAGUGCAUAUCAACCACAAACUUCUUUCACACCAACUUUGCUCAAUGUUAAUAAUACUGCCAAGACAGUUACUGAAUAAUAAACACAUUUUGUAAUUUAUC